CGGUUCAUAUUCACCGACUUCAAUUUCAAUCAAUCAUCUUCUGAUUUUGUUCUUUCUCCGAUUCAAAAACCGUAUCAGGCAGAAUAGAUUUGAGAAAGCUUUUGCGUUUAUCUUCUUCUACUACUCAUAUGUGAGAGUCUGUGACGUUGAUUGCCCAGAAAGUAAGAAAUAUUCACAUGUGAAGGGGGUUUUGUAAUUUGGAUGAAAGGUUUUAUUUUUAUUUUUUGACGGAGAAUUUUGGGAUAUGCUCUUAGCUCUGUGGAAGGAAAGGAAGGGUCGCCAUGGAGUUUGUUUGAUCUAUCAGAGGCUGCUCAAGCUAAAAAGUGUAUUUGUUGAACUUGUCCUCAGAUAUGCUUUCAAAUGCCAUCGGAAAACAGAGGCUGGAAGGGACAUUGUUUACCCUGUAAAUUCCAUUGCCUUCCAUCCAAUUUAUGGCGGCACCUUUGCAACUGGAGGUUGUGAUGGUUUCGUCAAUAUUUGGGAUGGUAACAACAAGAAGAGGCUAUAUCAGUACUCAAAGUAUCCAACAAGUAUCUCGGCACUGUCAUUCAGUCGAGAUGGUCAGCUACUGGCUGUUGCUUCAAGUUACACGUUUGAAGAGGGAGAGAAAUCGUAUGAACCGGAGGCCAUCUUUGUAAGAAACGUGAACGAAAUCGAAGUGAAACCAAAACCCAAAGUAUAUCCGAAUCCUGCUGCGUAAAAAGGAAGAAACACCAAGUUAAUUUCCUGUGUUGUUCUGUUUCUUUUUUUCUUGUAUUUGCUAGGAGUGUCCCAAAGAGUUAAUCAACUGAUCAACGUAUGUUUGAGCUUAUAAUUAACUAGUGAAAUACCCACAUUCACCGUAUAUGUUUUGAAGUCAAUGUAUCUUUGCAAACACAUAUUUAUAAAAUAGACAAACUUGCAAUGCUUAAA